AUGACGAAGAAUUCGAUAGAGCUGGACGCCCAUCCCAAUGGCAUACCAAAUGAAAAGACCGGAACGCGCACAACAGCGGCCAUACACAUUUUUUGCGGCGUUGUAGGAGCUGGUGUACUGGCUCUUCCGCGUUCUGUUGCCUACCUUGGAUGGAUUGCGGGGCCCCUCAUGAUCAUCGUGUUCUACCUCAUCUCGCUUCUGACCAGCAUGCUCCUGGCUGAUAUUUACGAGGUUAAUGGCGUGGAGCAUGGUCGCUACCACAGCGCCGUGAAGAGCAUCAUGGGCCACUACAGCGCCGUUGGCGUGUCCACAUUCCAGUGCCUGAACAUGGUGCUGACGUGCAUCACCUACACCAUUUCGGCGGCCACUUCCAUGAAGGCGGUGGCAGAGAUCGCCUGCGCCUGGCGCGGCUCCACCCAGUGCUUCGACACCAUCUGGCAGAUGGUGCUCAUCUUUGGGGCCCUGCAGCUGUUCCUGUCCCAGGUCCCCUCCCUCGAGUCGGCCUGGUGGGUGUCCGCCAUGGGCGUCUUCACCGCCAUCUUCUACUCCUGCAUCGCCCUCUCCCUGGGCCUCAAGUACUCCGGCGCGCGCUUGGGCUCCGUGGGCGGCAUCGUGACCGACCCGGCGGACAAGGCCUUUGGCGUGCUGGGCUCGCUGGGGGCCAUCGCCUUUGCCUACUCCUUUGCCGUCAUCUUGCUGGAGAUCCAGGACACGCUGCGCCAGACCAUGAAGCCGGCCUCCAUCAUCUCCAUCUCCGCCUCCUUUGCCUUCUACUUCACCGUGGCCGUGGCCAACUACUCUGCAUUCGGCAACGACGUCCCCGGAUUCAUCUUCGACGCCUACCCGGGCCCCAAGUGGCUGGUCCUGAUUGGAUUCAUCUGCAUCCUGCUGCACAUGGUGUCAGCCUUCCAGGUCUACUCGCAGCCCAUGUUUGACACCAUCGAGUCCCACAUCAAGGCCUGGAGCCUGCGGCGCAGGCGCACCCUGCACGACGCCGAGGACGCGCCCCCCGCCGGCGAGGCGGCGCAGGCGGCGCAGGCCAAGCCUGCCCAAGGGGGCCCCAGCCCGGGGGAGGACGGCGGCGCCGCUGGCCCCGGGGCCGGCGCCCCAGCCGGGCCGCCCACCGCCCUCCGCCGCGUGUCGGCCGCCGCGGGCGAGAGGCUGCACCGCAUCUCCGCCUCGACCGGGGAGCGACUGCACCGCCUGUCCGCCACCGCCUCCAUGUACCGCGUGUCCACCGGCUUCGCCAACCAGGAGGUGCCCAGCAACGCCGACCACGACUACCUGCCCCUCUGGCAGCGCAUCGCUAUCCGCUCGGCCUAUGUCUUCUUCACCACCCUCGUCGCCUGCAUCAUGCCCUUCUUCAGCGACAUGGCAGGCCUGGUGGGCGCCAUCACCUUCUUCCCCCUCUCCGUAUUCUACCCCAUCCGCUGCUGGCGCAUCGUGUUCAAACCCCAAGGCGCCUUCAACCACAUGCUGUACGCCAUCGAGAUAUCCAUGGUUCUGGUCAGUGCCGCCGCCACCAUCGCCUCAGCGCGCAACAUCAUCAACAACUGGUCCACAUACAAAAUUUUUGGGUAG